AUGUCCACCGCCGGUGUGUUGUGGCGGAUAAAAGCCCAACAAGGCGGUUAUCACUCUCAGCUGCCUCACAUCCGUCUUCCUGGACUUUGUUUUCUACAAGGCGAUUACGCGGCAGUUGAUGCCCCCUGCAGCUUCGAGAAGGGCGUGAAAAUCGUUGGUAGAGACUGUCCUGGCGUUAUAGAUGUAGAGAAUGAAACAAUCUCCAUGGCGAGUCGUUUGUCCUUUUGGUCCGAAAUCCGUGGUCAACCGGACACUGGUCUGGAUGAAAUCAGGGCUUCUUUUUCUCUCACAAGCUGUACGGUCGAUAAAACUUUUCCCCAAACAUUAGCAGAGCCUUGCCAGGGCUUGCCAAGCUUUCAGCACAGAAACUGCUAUAACUCGGAAUAUGUCACUUCUGAAAAUCCUACAAAUAAACUCGUGGCUGGACCACUGCUGAAUCCGAUCCGCUGAAG